AUGGCGGCGCUCUCUGCUCCCGGCGCCGGUGCUCCAACGGCCGCGAAGCCUCCACCGCUUUCCUCCCAAGCGCACAACGCGCCGCCGAUGACCGGCGCGGCGCGGCCGGCGAGCCUUGGCGCUGCUACGGCCGCGACGCCUUCCCCGCCCGUGCAGAACGCGCCACAGAUGACCGCCGUGCCGCGCCCGGCGAGCUUUGGCGCCGCGGCCGCGAGGGUUUCAUCUCCUUCCCCUUCCACGCAGAACGCGCCACAGAUGACCGGCGGGCCGCGGCCGGUGAACCUUGGGGCUCCCGUUGCUCGUGGUACGGCCGCAAGGGCUCCCUCGCCUUCUCCGACAAUGCAGAGGCAGAACGCGACACCGAUGACCGGCGUGCCGCGGCCGGCGAGCUUUGGAGCUUCCGGCGCUGCCGCUACCACCGCUAGGGGUCCUUCGCCAUCACUGCCCGUGCAGAACGCUCCGUCGAUGAGAGGCGCUAUCAGGGCUCCCUGGGCGGCGCCACCAAUGCAGGGAGCUUCGCCGGCUGGGAUGGUGCCGGCAGGUCAGAGCUCCCACAUAGCUGUGACCGGCAUCCCGGCCGCACCGUUGCAACACAAGCGGAUGCGGGGAGCGCGAGCUGCAAUGGCGCAGGCCAUGGUUCCGAGGAGCUCUCAUACAGCAGUACUGUCCACCGUGAGGCCCCACGCGCCAUUGUCGAACGCUCAGGGAGCUCCGUCAAUGGCAAUGUCGCCGGGCGUUCCGACCAUCCCGACUCCGACCGGGAAUCCUCACGUGUCGCAGCAACAGAGAGCAGCAAUGGCGAGGUACCCCGCUCCGACGAGCUCUCGUGCAAUCGGAGCCCCCAUCCAGCCCACGGAGCCUCACGCGCCACUGCCGAACACCGGGGGAGAAGGAGCACCACCACCAGCACGCACCAUGCCACCGCCAUCCUCUCAGGCCGCGACCUCCACUCCUCCCGCCGCCGCGACGCCACUGCAGCGGCCGCCGGCGCAAGCCACCGCUCAGCCGUCGACACAGAGAUACUACGUCGGCGUGCAGCGAGACAAGGGCACGGGCAAAUGGGCGGCAUGCGUGGUCGACCCGUCCAACCCGACCAAGCACCGCCUCGUGGGCGCCUUCCCGGACGAGCACGCGGCGGCGCUGGCGCUGUGCGCGGCCACCUCGUCGCCGGGCUCCCACUGCGGCCUCGUCGCCGGCGGCGACAAGUACGACGAGAAGUACUCCGAAUUCCUGCGCAAAAUCUACCACGGGGUGAUGGACAACUCCCCCUCCUACAAGAAAUUCUUCGACGUGAUCCUGGAUUUCUUCAUCGCUCGGGCGAGAGAGAUCGGGCGGGAGGCCCUCGAGGACGGCGGGGAUAUGCUGGUGGAGAGGUUCGUCGCGAUGCACAAGAACAAGGCCGUGACGCCGAGGUGGCGUGCGUGGUACCGGAGGUAG